UUGCAGAAGAUGAAGAGGUCAUUUUCUGAAGAUACAAAUCCGGACCAUGAUUUACUACAUGGAUCUACUUCACAAUUAGAUUCGACUCCCCCGAUCAGUAAACGUUUAAUUUCAGCUGCAUCAGAGCCUAUAUCAUUCAUCCGAAUCUCAUCCUUGGAGGAACUUGAUAAGAGAGCAUUACAGCUUCAAAAUAAAAAACUAUGGGAAGCGUUGAUGGAACGUCGAGCUGCCAUUGCUGAAUUGAAGGAACGUAUUGAACACCUAGAAAAUCGCCAAACUAAGGAUGAUGCUUUACUUUGUGUAGUCAAUCGUUACUGGAAUCAGCUCGAUGAAGAUAGCUUGAUUAUACUUCAGCGUUUUGAUUCGGAUGCUGAGGAAGAAAUUUCAACAUCUACAGAAUCAUUUCUCAAACAAUUGGCUUCAUGGGACAAGGAAGAAGUUCCAGAAAAGCUUCAAGAACGAGUGCAUUUUUCCAAGCGUAUUAUUGCACGCCUCUUAUCUGCCUAUGAAAAAAUGGUUACUCACCAGUUUCGUUUGCGUCAACUGCUUGGGAACACUACUGAAACCGCAUCAGUUUCUGUUGGAUCUGAAAUUAGUGAUAAUAUUUUACCUAUUCAUUCCAGUUCAUCGGCUCCUUAUGGCACACAAAACUCUAAUUCUGAAGGUAACAAUCAGUCAACUAGUUCAUCUCAGGAGCCUGCUUCAACAACGUGCAGCAGAUCUGGUGCAGUAGAUUUGCACGAGGAAAUAACACUUUUAAACAAGGAAAAUCUUCGUCUCCAAAGCCUUUGUACAAAUUUGCAUUCUAAACAUCGACAAAGUAGUCUUCGCCUUCGUGAACUACAAGACUUAGCUCAGACGAAUAGUGACGCUUCAGCGGAAUGGCAGGCUAAGUAUGAGGAUUUAGAUUAUAAACUUGCGGAAGCAAUGAAACAAGUUACGCGUUUAGAUCAUCGUCUGUAUGAAGCUCAGGAGAAGAAUAAAAAAAUGGAAGUUGAAUUAUCAGCUCUCAAAUGCUCAGACUCUCCAGGUCGUGAAGAUCCUUCAAAUAUUGAUGGAUCAAUUACACGAAAUAAAUAUAAUGACUUGGCUUGUGAACUGGAAGAGUACCGUGAGUUGGCAAAUAAUCGUAUAAAUGAAUUAGAACGCCUUCAACGUCACUUGGAAGACAAAGUUGCAGAAUGUGCUUCAUUGAAUAUGCAAUUAAGAGAUAUUCCCGAGCAUAUUAUUACAGAAUCUCCUCAAUAUUUAUCCUUAAAAACUCAAUUCAAUAUUCUAUAUAAUGAAGCUAUCCAACUAAGAAGUCAGUUAGAGGAAGCUAGAAGUACUAUUCAGAAUAACAGACAUAAUCAUCUGAAACAGAUAGAAGAGAUGGAGGCAAAUGAAGCAGCUAUACAGAAUCAGAUGCGAUCUGAAAUGCUUCUAAUUGAAGGGCAAUACUCUCAACUAAGACACAAAUAUGAAACUAUGGAAUUGGAUUUCAAGCAAGCAUUGACGCAUAAUGAACAAGCUGGUCCUAUCAGUUGCGAAAUGCGUAGUCUAAUUUCCACACUCCAAACACAAAACAAACAACUAAAAGCUGAAGUGACUCGUUAUCGUAGAAAAUGUGAAGAAACUGUACAGGAACGUGAAAUGAUACGUGCGGAUUUGAAAUGUACAGAGGAUGAGUUAAUUCGUGUCCGUACGGCGCUUUCUGAGGCAACUGCAGCUGUUAUUACUGCAUGUGAAAAGUCAGAUCAGUCGACACCAUCAACCCCCCAAAGCUCAAAUCUACCUCAGACUUCAGUAACAAUGCCAGAUGUUGGAUCACCAACUGCUGAUCCAGAAUUGAAAGCAAAAAAUUCAAUUCCUAUAAAAGUGGAGGAAAAUGUUAAGUAUAGUUCUCCAAGUUCAUCUACUGCUCGAUCUGGCACAGUCACCACUUCAGCAAGCUCUCAUGUCAAUGGAAGUGGUCCCGAAAAAGUUUUGAAAACUGAAUCUACUCCCGACUUUCGUUGUAAUGUCUCGUGUUCUUCGCCGUCCAAUGAGAUUAUUCGUGAUUUAAAAGAACAACUGAAGCGUUCACAAGAAUCACAAAAAGAAAUGUCUGUACUACUCAACAUGUAUAAAGUUAUCCCAAAAGAUCAAAGAGAUAAAGCAGCACUUCUUCAGUGCGAAGCCAAGCUGCGGGGUGAACUGGCUGAUGCCAGAAAUGAAAUCGAUAAACUUCAUGCAACUAUCAAAGAUCUUCAAUCACAACAAACGAAGAUGCAGCAACAGCGGAAGUCAACGUUAACAUCUCCUAUUGAGCCCAAUUUAAAAAUGUCACCUGCUGAACGUUCACUCACUUCCCAUGGAAAUAUUCCACUAUCUCCUUCGAAAACAUGUAAGACUGGGUUGAUUUCUCCUGAAGAAAAAAGCUCGAGUAUAUCUGGAUCUCUGCCGAUCACAUCUUGUGGAAAAUCUAAAAUUUCUGCUUCUGAUUGGCAAAUAUCAGAGUUGCAAAUGGAACUGUAUAUAGUUCGACGUAAAAGUCAAUCUGUUGAGGAGCAGUUAAAACUUCACCAACAACGACUUGUAGCUGCCAAGCAACAAGAGGAUGUACUAUUGAAGGAAAUGGAAAUUACUGUUCAAGCAUUUGAAGAUGCACAAGAACAAAACGUUCGUCUUGUUAAAACAUUACGAGAAAAAGAUGAUGCUCACCUAAAGUUAAUGGCAGAAAGAAUGAAAACUGCUCAACUUGCUCGUUUACUGAAGGAAGACAAACAGCUUUUAGAAGAACAGAUACGUCUGAUGCAAACAAAAAUUGAAGCGUUAAACCGUGCAGUUCUAAAACAGGAAGAGAAAGAACGUUUAUUGUUAACCAAUUUAGCAACCUUAGAGAAAGAGGCAUCAGCUAGACAAAAGUCACAGGAAGCCUAUAAACGAAAAGCUCUGGAAAGUCAACAAGUCUCUGAAGACUUAAAAGUGACUGUUCAAAAGUAUCAAAGUCAACUAAAAGAUGCUCAAACUACUGUUCAGGAGAAAGCGUCCGCUUUUGAACGCGUUUCUUUCGGUCAUCAGCGUUUACAAGUUAGUUUUUAUGUAUUGAAAAUCAUUUUAAUCUUUAUGACUGGUGUAAUUAGUGUGAUAAUCAUUUUUGUACUUUUCCAUAGUUCAGAAUCCGAUCACGUGCACAAUAUUAUUAUCUCAGAUUUCUGUUGUUGUGUAUAUGAUUAGAUUUUUGUUGUUUCGUACUAAACUACAGAGCGAAAUCUGUUUGUGUACUAUAUGUAUGUAAUGACUUGUCAGAGUUCUGAUUCUGUUGGUGGUAUGGUUAUUUGUAAUGGCUGAUUGCUUGUUCAACGGAAAAAGGUCGAUAUUAAUAAAUGGAAUGAAAAGUUCAAGAUUUAUUUAUACACGAAACACUAAUCCACUACUGAUCAUAAUUUGCAAUAAAAAAUGUCCAGUCAAUAGAUAAACGUGUUUGUAUUAUACUGUCAAUAGUUAACAUGAAUUAAUCAGUAAUUUAAUGCGAGUACACAAUUUGCAAAAUCAAUAAAUUAACUACUUUGAUCAACAAAUAUAGCCAAAUUACUAUAUUAUGUAUUUUACUGUUUCCUAAUACUCAUCUUUUUGAUUGAAUGCGUUUGAGUAAGGUUUUCCGUAGGGUUGGGGCGGUCAGCUUAUGUUAAUAUAAUACUGAGCAUGUAGAUCGCUUCACUCAUCAUUCUGAUAAAAUCUCGGCGCGGAUUCAGAAAACUCGAUUAGCUUUUACCAGCUUGCAACACUUGUGGCAUAGGCAAGAUCCGUCUACCAGCAACUACCUGGUCGGGAUCCUCGUGAAUGAUGUAACCAGUAGUUAAAGACUUUGGAUGAUAUGGCUUGAAGUCGUUUGCAGUGGCACAGGCGCAUGAACUCGUUGUUUUCUGUGCAUUCUGCUUGUGCGUCAGCUUUCUCUGCUCAUAUUCUGCUGUUGUUUAUUAAUAUUAAUUGUUGCUUUGAUUGCUAGAAGACUUCGGUUUUCACCAUAAGGCGUCAUAAUUCUUUUGAAUGAAGAUCCUUCAACUCCCAUGAAAGAGUUUAAAUGUUUUGGACUGUUUUUCCCUGCUUAGACUUUCUUUAACAAGCUUGUUUUUCAACGGGAUGGGCUUGGUGAUCCCGUGCCCAACUCUUCUCUUUUACCUGGGUCUGGGACCGACCCUAACCUUAGAUAAGCUACAGGCUAUGUUAUUUAUUUUUUUACUUAUCAGACUAAAAUCCCUAAUCUACUUAAAAAUCUUGUUACUUGUUGCUUUAGUUUAUUAGAAGCUCAGGUCUAUAAUUUGGCUUCGGUCUUUUAUGAAUUAAGACUUAUGAAUGAAAUAGGCUUGUAAUUGUUGAAAUGAGUUGAAUAUCGCUCAAUAAAUGAAAUACACAGACACAACGUGAUCUAGUGAUGGUCGCUCACAAAACUGCUUUAUUCACGUAAUCCCCAAAAUGUUUAUUUAUCAAACGAAAUUAAAAAUCCCUCCUCAAUAACAAAAAUAUUGGUUCUGUUUAAUUGUUUUUAUUCAAGAUGAACUUGUAAGAUCUAUCUUUUUGAUACUUUAAGUGGAGAUGAUUGUACAGUAUGAAUUACCACUAUUCAUAAUACUGACAUUGAUGCUAUUAUACACAUGGUUGAUUAAUGAAAACAAUGCGUGUAUUAUUUUUUUCAGGAAGAACUUGUCACUGUGCGCAGAAAAUACGAACGGUUACGCAAGAUCGAACAGUCUCAUAACGCUGAUGAAUUUUUAUUGGCUGAAAUUCAAGAUUAUAAAGAGCAACUUACAUGUCCAACGUGUAAAAUCAACAGAAAGGAUGCUAUUCUAACUAAAUGUUUCCAUGUGUUCUGUUUGAAUUGUCUAAAAGUUCGGUAUGAAACACGAAAUCGUAAAUGUCCAAAGUGCAAUGCAACAUUUGGUGCCAACGAUUAUCAUCGUAUAUACCUUACCUAAUCUAUUUAAACCAACAGGCUUAUCUUUUCGUGUUUUUUUUUUUAGAAAUCUCUUCUAUUUGUUUUUGUAUACUCCAGUAAUGUAUAUAGUAUUGACUGUGAGAAUCCUUCACUAUGUUCUGUAAAUA